CGGCACUCAGUCUAGAAAACUUAAAGGACGUCACCUAAGAACAGGAAGAGAAAAGUUUUAUAAAGAGGAGGGCACACUAAGUAUGCCUAGAUCUAAAAUUCAAUUAAACAUACCUAAUCGGCAAGCAGUUCGUAUUGGUUCAAAGUGUAGUUUCAACAUUGAGUUUUACCGAAGCAUGCCCCAAAACAAUUUUGUGACGAAUGAUCAGAGUGAUACUUCUGGUAGGGAAAAGGCAGGCUCUAAAAAAAAACGCAGUUCCAUCAAAAACUAUCAAUGUGAACCCAGUGUCUGUGUUCCUGGUGAAUGUAACGCAAACACAUGUUUUAAACAAUUAAAGUAUAUACACAGUCAAGCCUCUACUGGUAGUUCAAAAGGAACAUCUCAGGGAAGCCAAGCUUCAACUAAGAAAAAGAAAUUACAAAUGGAGAACGCAUCUUUCUAUAAAAAUAAGGGUUCAUCAAUGCCAAAGUCGAAGAUGCCACUUCACAUACUAAAUCGGCAAGCAGUUCGAAUUGGAUCGAAGUGUAGUUUUAACGUUCAGUUUUACAGAAGCUUGCCCCAAAAUAGAUACAUGAUGAAUAGGCCUAACCAAUAUGAUAAUAGAAAAAGACGCGAGCCAAGAUUUCAAUGUGAGCCUGGUGCAUGUAUUCCUAGUAAAUGUAAUGCAAAUGACUGUUUCCAAAUAUUGAAAGCUAAACAAAAAUCUUCUGGUGUAGAUAGUUCUCUAACAGGUAGUAUAUCGCAAAGUAGCCAAGUAUCCACUGACACACGAAAAAAGAAACGAGCACUUAAAGCUGAGAAAAAUACUUUAUUAUACAAAGACAAGGGAUUGUCAAGCAUGCAAAGUCUUAAGAAAUCACUGCAGCCAACCAAUCGGCAAGCAGUUCGGAUUGGAUCGAAGUGUAGUUUUAACAUUCAGUUUUACAGAAGCUUGCCCCAAAAUGGAUACAUGAUGAAUAGGCCUAACCAAUAUGAUAAUAGAAAAAGACGCAAGCCAAGAUUUCAAUGUGAGCCUGGUGCAUGUAUUCCUAGUAAAUGUAAUGUAAAUGACUGUUUCCAAAUAUUGAAAGCUAAACAAAAAUCUUCUGGUGUAGAUAGUUCUCUAACAGGUAGUAUAUCGCAAAGUAGCCAAGCAUCCUCUGACACACGAAAAAAGAAACGAGCACUUAAAGCUGAGAAAAAUACUUUAUUAUACAAAGACAAGGGAAUGUCAAACAUGCAAAGUCUUAAGAAAUCACUGCAGCCAACCAAUCGGCAAGCAGUUCGGAUUGGAUCAAAGUGCAGUUUUAACGUUGCGUUUUACAGGAGUAUGCCGCACAACACCUUAGGGAUGAAUGAAUAUAAUCAGAGUAACAGUGGAAAAAUACACCAGCCAAGAUUGCAGUGUGAACCUGGCUCUACUCCUACGAGCAUCGUUACUGACACAUCAUAUGCUGGCAGUUCAAUUGGCAGCAACCCAGUUGCCACUCAGUCAAGCAAAUUAAAAGGACGAAAGCUGAGAGCAGGAAAAGAAAAUUUCUUUAAAGAAAACGGUACGUCGAGUAUUCCAAGGCAUAAGCAAAUGCUACAUUUUCCAAAUAAGCAAGCAGUACGCAUUGGUUCAAAUUGCAGCUUUAACAUUGAAUUUUACAAAGCCAUUCCUCAUAUGAGCCCUGGAAUGAAUGGACAAAGUUACGAACCGGUGGUAAAGUUACCGAAUAAUUUAUACACAGGUUCAAAUCAAAAACAAAUCAGGGGUCAGCAGUACAGUGAACGAUAUAACCAGGGUGAUAUACCUGUACAGUUCAAGGCAGCCACCGAAAGAAAACGCCGAACAUCAAACAUGUUGCAAUGUCACCCCGGGGUCUGUAUUCCUGGAAAAUGUGACUCCAUGGAAUGCUAUCAACGAAUAAGAGCUACAAACCAGUUCAAGGCAGCCACCGAAAGAAAACGCCGAACAUCAAACAUGUUGCAAUGUCACCCCGGGGUCUGUAUUCCUGGAAAAUGUGACUCCAUGGAAUGCUAUCAACGAAUAAGAGCUACAAACAUUGUCCCCGGUACGGAGGGCUCUUAUACUGAUAAUUCAUACGCUACAUCGCGAGGCAGCCAAUUCUUCACAAAAAAGCGUAAGAGCAAAAGACCACAGCUUAGUGCUGGUAAUGCAACUUUCUAUACAGACAGAGGUGCAUCAAGUAUGACAAAGUCACCAAUGCCUAAGUUAAAUCGCCAAGCGGUUCGUAUUGGGUCCAAGUGUAGUUUUAAAAUUGACUUUUAUAAAAACUUGCCCCCUGCACCCGGAAAGGACAUGCCUCAUUUCGAACCACAUGCAGAACAAAUUCAAAGUAGACAGUACCCGGAACAACUGUCAAGUACUGAAACUGAUGAAGGUCAGUCGGUCAGUGCGGUUGAUACGAGAAAAAAGGUCAAGACAAAAAAGAAAAAAACAGCACAGGACAAGACCAGGAAACCGGAUAAGACCAGGAAACCGGAUAAGACCAGGAAACCGGAUAAGACCAGGAAACCGGAUAAGGCCAGGAAACCGGAUAUGACCCAGAAACCGGAUAAGACCAGAAAACCGGAGAAGACCAGGAAACCGGAUAAGACUAGAAAACCGGAUAAGACCAGGAAACCGGAUAAGACCAGGAAACCGGAUAAGACCAGGAAACCGGAUAAGACCAGGAAACCGGAUAAGACCAGGAAACCGGACAAGGCCAGGAAACUGGACAAACACCAAUGGGAUGUAACUAAACAAAAGACAAAAAAGUCCUCACCACCACCAGCCACUGUAAAAAGGAAGGUGGUGAACAAUCUAGCGAUCAAGGUGAUUCAUCAAAAUCUUCAGAUUUUGAGGUGA